AUGGGAAACCACUUCUGGUCAACUUGGACUUCUUCCCAGCGCAUUUUCUCUAUUAUUUGGCCUGCGAUUGUUCUCUACCUAAUAAUGAAGCUGCUAAUCGAGAAGAUGUGGGGAAGCAACCGUGGAGCAGUGGAAAGAUUCCAGAAAGGUCGCGAAGCACUUUUCAAUGAGUUCAAAGAACGAUCGGACCCGGAGAAUCUUGUUGGAAAUCGAAGAAUUGUGAACGGAAACCAAAAUGCAGAAGAAAUUGAGAAAACGUUCUGUGAGAUUCUGCAGCUUGAUUUGAUUACUUUGAAAUCACGAUUACAAACUGACGACUACAACGCAUAUACCGUUUUGUGUGCAUUCAUCUGGAGAGCAAUAAAGAUUGAUGAAGAGAUCAAUUGCAUUACAGAAUUGAUCCGAGAAGCAUUCGACAUUGCUGAAAGACUUGAUGAUGAGUAUGAAGCAUCUGGUGAAAAGGGAGAUUUGUUCGGAUUGCCGUUUUCAGUCAAAAGCAAUUUCUUUAUCAAAAACUACGACGUGACUUGUGGUUUGGCGAAACUUUUGGAACAACCAAAAACGACUACAUGCCCUAUGGUUGAAUUCCUAUCAGACCAAGGCGCUAUCCCAUUUUGUUUCACAAACGUUCCACAAGGACUUCUCUCAUAUGUCAGCUCUAAUCCUAUUUAUGGAACUACCAAAAACCCAUGGGACUUUUCUCGUACGCCAGGAGGAUCAUCUGGUGGUGAAGCAGCUCUUUUGGCUGCUGGCGGAUCUGCAUUUGGUAUUGGAUCGGACCUUGCUGGAAGUCUUCGGAUCCCUGCUGCUUUUUGUGGUCUCGUUACUUUGAAACCAACUCAAGAUAGACUCUGUGUUACCGAUACGCAUGGAGGACUGCCAGGACGUGGGAGACUUGGAUUGAGCUUCGGAUUUUAUACCAAAACAGUAAACGAACAGGAGUUCCUGCUUCGAACAAUUGUGGGAAAUCCAUCUUAUCUCGAAUUGUGUCCCAUGUCUUCUCCAGCUAAAUUGGGAAAACCUUCAAUCACUCCUGAGGAGAAGCUAGUGAUUGGAUGGUUUACUGAUGAUGGUUUCAAUCCUGUUGUUCCAUCGAAUCGUCGUGCUGUUGAAGAAACGAUUCAGAAUCUCAAGGAACAAGGUCAUAAAAUUGUAGAGUUUAAACUAUCAGAUGUUUCGGAAGAGUUCCCUUCGUUCGUAGUGGCAAAUAUGCUAUUCAGAAACGUGAUGCCUGACAAUGGAGCAUACAUGUCCGAGAUGUACGGUGGUGAGCAGUAUGACGAAUACAUGAAGCUGUUCAUCCGCCUUGUUCGUGUCAAGCAGAAUGUGGUUGUCAGUUGGCUGAUUCGUUAUGGAGCAAUGCCACUUGCCAAGUUGCUGCUUUCAAAACGACUUGCUUGUAUUGGAAGUGCAUACAAUUCUGACCUGGCUGCUUGUCGCCAAAAUCAGGAGAACACGGAUACUUUCAAAUUACACUGGAUUAGAUACUGGAAAAGCAAAGGCCUUGAUGCUUUAAUUUGCCCAUCUUUCAUUACUCCCGCUCAACCAUUCGAGUAUCCUGCUCAGCUGUCAAAUGGUGCGUUUCUCACCGGACUGUUCAACAUGCUCGACUUCCCUGCUGGUGUUGUUCCAGUUGCUCCGGUGAAGAAGCGGGAUGUUGAUCUUUUGAAUGAUCCAGUGGAUGGAUUUCCUCUGGAAGGUGAUAUUCUACUGAAGAAACAGCGCGAAUCAGCUCAGCAAUCUGCUGGACUACCAAAUGCUGUCCAGGUUGUAACUCUUCCAAACUGCGAAGAAAUGUGUAUCCGUGUUAUGAAGCUCGUCGAAGAAACUAGCUCUGGAGUACAGCGUCUUCAGUGGAAACAUGAUAAAAAUGAUAGUGAUCCUGUUGAUGUGAACAACACACCAUCUGGAGUUGUGGAGAGCAUGGAACACUUCAAACGUUUGGAUCUUCAUCGUGUUAAGUAA